AUGACAAAUUAUUUUCGAAACAGUCUAACGGGGACUGCAAAAAGAAGAGAAGAUUUAGCCUGUUUUACAGCUGCCAUUUCAAUUCUUUUUCAGUACCAGGCAGAAGACUUAAGCAGAGGUCCAACUUCUUCCGCCGUGCCGUGCCGGGCCGGGCCGUGCCGGGCCGUGCCGACCCCGCUCCUCUCCUCAGCGCCGCCGCCGCGCAGGCGCAACCGGCCCCGCGCCGCCCCGUGCCGCGCGGCGAUGGCGGGCGCGUUCAGCCUGCGGGAGGUGCUGGCCGCCUUCCAGGCGUGCGUGACGGAGCGGCGGGAGGUGCUGCUGGGGCCCUACCUCAGCGGCUGGCGGGGGCUCAUCCGGUUCCUCCACACGCUGGGCGCCAUCUUCUCCUUCAUCUCCAAGGACGCGGUGGCCAAGGUCCAGCUGAUGGAGGACUACUGCCGCGGCGAGCAGCGGGAGCAGUACGUGUCGCUGCAGGCCAUGGUGCGCUACGAGCUGGCCCAGGGGCUGCUGGACGCCCCGGGGCGCCCCGACUCGGGCUGCCGCACCGUCCUGCGCCUCCACAGGGCCCUGCGCUGGCUGCAGCUCUUCCUGGAGGGGCUGAGGACGGCCCGGCAGGACUCCCGCACCUCCACCAUCUGCACCGACUCCUACAACGCCUCCCUGGCCGCCUACCACCCCUGGGUGGUCCGCAAGGCCGCCACGGUGGCCUUCCGCACGCUGCCGCCCCGCGACGCCUUCCUGCAGAUCAUGAACGUGGGCACGGCCGAGGAGGCUGUGGCCAUGCUGGGCGAGGCCUUGCCCUACAUCGGCGAUGUCUACGACAUCACCCAGCAGCUCUUUGCCCAGCACGAGCUGCUUGACCUCCCCUGAGGGGGGGCACCCACCCCAGCACCCACCCCAGCACCCACCCAGCCCCGGCCGGGCGAGCGCGGUGCCACGGCAGGGAUGCACAAGUGCCUGGUUCUCUGUCCCUGGCCACUCGUCCUUCCCUUGUAGACAGCUGAAGCUGGCAAAGCUAUUCAGGAUGCCUCACUUCAUAUAAACGUGCCGAUUUUUUUAUAUAUAUAUAUAUACACGUAUCUCCAUCUGUAUGCACAUAGAGCCUGGGCUCUGCACUAACAAAGCGUGCUUAAGGGAUUUCUUCCUGAAUUCACCUUCAGCACCCCAGCUAGCCUGGGAGGAGGUGUUUUGCUUUCCUUUUUAACUCAGACUCUACAACUGAGGCAGCUCCUGUGCGUUUACAUCGAUAGUUAGGACCUCACGUGACAGCACAACUUCCAGACCUGGCGUCCCAACACACUUACGUUAUCAUGCAAGCUCACAUUGCCACUUUUUUUUACAAGCUUGUGCCCUUGGAUAGAUGGGGGGGUGGGGGUGGGGGUGUUUACCUGUUUACCCUCUGUUACACUGUAACUUGACUAUAAUCCUGAGCAAUGCACAUCUUGGUCUUUGCGUCCUUGUGGUCACAGACUCAUUCGAUUACUGCUGCUAUUUCUCUGUCCCCUAGAACUAAAGAAGGAAAGGGUGGUGCAGGACACUUAAGACUGUACCUUGCUUUCCAGCCCUGCUUCUAAAAUUGUGUUGUUAUGAUUAUUUUUUUAAUGAAUGUGUCAAACGUCUUCAAAAAUGACUUCUCUUACUGUCAGGGGAGAAAUCCAAACUUGCACUGUUAAAGUCACUACCUUGUGAGGCUUAUGGCUUCUAUUGCAAAUCACUGUAUAUAGCUGGGGUGUCUGUAUAUAUACACCCCGAAGUAUGUAAAAUGAAGUUUACUUAGCUUUUUGAAAGCUGGAAAAGUACCACGUUGUUAGUUCUGUGAGGGAGAAGCCCACAGGCUGUAACAUGUUUUACUGUAUCUCAGAUCGGAGGCAUUUUAGUCUAAUAUAACAUUAUGUAAUUCAGGAAAUCACUAUUACCUCAUGGAGAUGAGACUUAACUGGACAUUAAAGUAUGUGAAUAACAUGCUUCUGAAGAGUAUCUUAUAAGCUAUCUGGUUCUGUGGGGCUGGAAGGGAGCAGCUCCACGUUAGAAACUACAAAAUGCUGGGCCUCCCUUGCUGUCUGAUGCAGAUACAGCUAGUGUUUCGUCUGUGUAGCGUAUUAAAUGCCUUAAAUUAUGUCAGAUAAUGUUCUGUGUCAAGUCAAAAAAUGUUGAGGUUUCUGGUAUUGGUUUAUCACUUGAGGAAAUGGUAGUAUGACCGCAUGGGAAAAUGAGUGGGACAAGGGAGAAAAAGUAAUUCUCACCUAUUCCUCCGAUGAGAUAAACAUUGAUGUUGAAGAUUAACUUGAUUCUUGCCAUUAAAGAAUUUAUCAGUAGGGGAAAAAAAAAUAUCUUUGCUGUAAGUUUAUAACCAUUCCUUUUGUGCAAAGUAUGCCUCAAAUAAAAUACAGCUUUCCAUCA